AUGCCCUCCCCACCCAUCCAAGUCUUUCUCACGACCAUCGCAUCUCAGCCAGAGCUCAGGAAGCGGCAAGAGUACAUCUUGCGGAUUCUGCAGACGAAGAAAAUCCCGUUUAUAUCUUACGAUUUAGCCUGUGAUGAAGAGGCGAAGAGACUUUGGAAGCGCAAGGCUCCUCUCGAUAAGCAACAACUUCCAGGCAUCCUCGUCGGAGGCAGGUACCCAGGGGACUUCGACGCGUUUGAAGAAGCAGUCGAAUACGAGGAACUUGACACAUUCUUAAGACUCAAGGAAACAUGGAACACAGCCGCAGAUGAAGACCGGCCCGCCCCUGUAGCGAAACCUGUUGGGGUUCCCGGAGCGGUCCCAGUUUCGCAAAUGACGCCAGAACAUCACAAACCCAAGUUUUUCCCAAAAGAUCCGAAUUCCCCUCUUAAACCCGUGAACAAAGGGAACGAUUUUGACAUCGGCUCAGAGCUGCAGGGAUUUGGACUUCAGGGAGUAAGGGUUACUGAUGACGAACUUAAGAAAUUGGUCGAAGAGCUUGGGCUCGGCGGCGACGAUGCAGCCGAUAUCGUGAAGAGUCUUGGUGGCGAUGGAAGCUCCUCGAAGCCGACGGCGGAAGGUGCUGGAGGGGACACACAGGAUGGCUAG